GUUAUUAUUUUUCAUCCAAGCACUCUUAAAGUAUCUAAAAAACUUGUUAAAACAUGGUUAAUAAAGCUAACUACUUUGUAAUUAUGAACAAGAGAGAAAUUAAGAGACAAGUGAAGGAAAUGAAAAAUAAUGUACAGAUGUUAAAGAAGGAAUCAUUCAUGACCAAACAAUACUUAGAUAUGCUGUACGGUAACGAUUUGAUUGAACUUUUCAAAGAAGAAUAUGGUAUUAUUGAAGAACCAGACGAUUUCGCAUCUUCACUUCUCAGCUGCCUUUUUCCAUCCUCUGAUUUUGAACCGCUGAACGAAGAGACCGAUAACGAUACUGAGCCAGAUAUGUCAACUAUUACUACUCCUGAACAGCAAACCGUUGCGGAGUGUUACGUUGAUGGUUCAAGCGGCAAAGGAUGCACAGGAGCUGUCGAUUUAGAUCUAAGCGAAGCCCAAGGAGCUUGUGGUGGAUUUGAAGACAAAGGUUUCGACCAGGCUUGUGGUGGAUUCGAUGCUAGCGAAGGUUACGAUCAAGCUUGCGGUGGAUUUGAAGAUAAGGGUUACGAUCAAGCUUGUGGUGGAUUUGAAGACAAGGGUUACGAUCAAGCUUGUGGUGAAUUGGAUUUAGAAUCUAGUGGUGUUCGUAUUGCCAUUAAAAAGAAAUCUAGAAAUGAGAUAAUAAGAGAAGUAUUUGGUACUAUGGAUUUUGGAAUAGAAUAUGAAGAUCAAGCAUGCGGCGGUUUCGAUUUAGCUGAUAAGUGUAGAGAUAAGGCUUGUCAAGAAUUAAACUUUCUUCCAAAGUAUGACGACGAACCUUGCAGCAGUUUCGAUUUUAAGGAAGGCUUUAGGAGUCGAACUCGAAGUAAUGAAUUGUAUAACGAGCAAGAAAUGUUCAGAGAGGCCUGUGUCCCCGAUAUGGAUCUUGGACUUUACAGUAAGAAUUUUUACACAGCAUUUUUUUUUUACUCGCACUUUCUUUAUUACUUUCCAGACCCAUAUAGUUUUACUAUUAAAAAAAAGAAAAAUACACCCCGUAAAGAAUAUGAAAAAAUUGAUAUGGAGAUAAAGAUAGACGUCGAAGAGGAGGAUGAAAAGGACACUGAAAAGGUUGUUGAAAAAGAGGCUGAAAAGGUUGUUGAAAAAGAGGCUGAAAAGGUUGUUGAAAAAGAGGCUGAAAAGGUUGUUGAAAAAGAGGCUGAAACAGAUACCGAAGUAGAGACUGAGGUUGAAGCAGAGAAAGAUCCCGAAGUAGAAACCGAAAAAGAGAUGGCAAGGGAGACUGAAACAGAGACUGAAACAGAGAUUGAAACAGAGACUGAACGAGAGAUCGAAGGUGAGACCGAGCUAGAGACAGAAAAAGAAACUGAAAUAGAAACUGAGGUAGAAAAUGGACAAGUUGACCUUGUAAACUUUCAAGAAAAAACUGAUUACGAAUAUGACGAAGUUGUCGAUGAGGACGGUGACGACGACGAUUACUGUUAUACAAACGACGAAGUAUUUGAUAUUGAAGAUGAAGUUGAAUUAGAUGAAGAGGAAAUGCAACGUCGUAGAGAAAUUAUUGAAAGUUUACGGGAAAGUAUUAGAGAAGCCGAAAAAGAAAAACGAUAUACUUCGUUUGCCGAAAAAAUGAAAGAUUUCGAGGGAAUACAAACCUUAGGUUAUGAGACCAUCUAUAUUCAAGGAGCAGACAAUGUUGAUAAGAAAAAGAAGAAAAUUAAGAUUAGGAGGAAAUUAUUUAGGAAAAGGUCUGAGAGGCGACGAGCGAAAUUUGACGAAGACAUCGAUUUUGGCGAAGACUCUGAAGAUGACUGCAUUUUGAGAUUGAAAAAGGGCGGAAAGUUUCACUCUCUUUGUCUCGAUGGGCAAGAGGGCAGCGACGAUGAAACUAUCAUGAAUCCUGAAGGAAAUACAGAUCAAGAAGUUGUUCAAAAUGAACCUUAUAGGUUACCGAAUGGAGAAAUUGAUAGACGAACUCCCGAACAGUUUUUAGCCUUAUUUAGGCGGGCGAUUGAAGUUCAUAUUUUGCUUCUUCAGAGUGAACAAAGAACUGAGGAUAUGGAAGAACGCAUUGUAUUCUUGGAGAAACGAUUAAAUAUGUUAGAGAAAAGAGGUGUUUUCCGUAGAUUUUGGGAUCGAGUAACAUCAUUAAAAAAUCCAUUCAAAAAAGAACCGCAAGAAGAACUAACGGAAGAGAGAAAAAUUGAAUUGAGAAUCAUUAAGGCAAAGGAUAAAGAACAAGCUGCGAAGAGAAAGGCAGAGGAAAAGGAGAAAGCUAAGAGGAGGAAGGAAGAAGAAAAGGAAAAAGUUAGACGAAGAAAAGAGAGACAAAUUAGAAUAAAGAAGAUGGACCAGCAAGAAGGUAGAAACAUGAAACCACCAAGAAUAUCUCGCAACAAGGAGGAUAACAUUUUCCCGAAGAAUUCCAAUAUUGAUAAUGGAAUCUAUUAUCCAGGACCUUCUAUGGCGUUCUAA